AUGGAAGGCAUAAUCGUUAGAGAUGAAAACACAAAAGACACAGUGGAAAGCAUCAUUGACAGUAGCACAAAAUGGUGGCAUGUGGAAAAAAUUAGAACUCUAUUCAAUCCAAAGAUAGUUGUGGAUGUUCUAAAAGUUAUUAUAUGUCCUGGAGAACAAGCCGAUGCAUGGGUUUGGGCACAUGAGAAGAAUGGGAAGUUGAGUGUCAAAAGUUCAUACAGGCUCAUAAAAGGAAUCCAAGGCAGUGAUGCAGGGGAAUGUUUAACUGUAAACAGACAGCAUGAUCUUUGGAAAACCCUUUGGAAGAUGACAGUACCUAAUAAAGUUAAAAUCUUUGCUUGGAGAGCCUGCAAAGAGGGGCUUCCUACCCAACAAAAUUUGCAGCAGAUAAAGGUGGUUGCUUGGGGGAGUUUUUGUUUCUACCACCAAAGUUUAGAAGACCUCUCUCAUGCUCUCUUUAACUACCCACAAAUCAGAUAUAUUUGGGAUAAGUAUCUACUUGCUAUGAGAAGGUUUGAUAGCAAUCUACAAGUGAUGGAUAUGCCACUAAAGGUGAAAGAGGAAGGAAAUCCAGAGGCAUUGUCUUUACUAUUUCUCCUUGCUUGGGGCUUCUGGUAUAGAGGAACAAAAUGGUGCAUGACACGGACUACCUGGAUCCAAGACAGGUGGCAGAGUAGGCAAUGUCGUUGUUGA